UGUAAGCUUUAGUGCUGAAGUUAACCCUUAUAUUAGGUGUGGCUUGAAACUCUAGGUGUGGCUUGUAACGCAAAACAACUAUACCGGUUUGUCAACUACAAGGAGAAGAGUGGAUAAGAGCUUUGCACUUCAUUCAACUGCUCUCAACCGACAGGAAGCUUCAACACUGCUCUUCUCUUAUCUGCUUUAAAGUUUAAGUAUGGAGGAAUUUGUUUCACAUGAACAAAUCUCAGCCAGCACUGGGCCUGACACAGAAAAUGACCAAAGAGAAAGCAAAAAAGUCUUAAAUGUUCAAGGUAAAAACCAAGAAUGUUUAGAGAGUACAUCUCAGCAAUCUGAUAACCCACAGCCAGAGGAGGUAAUGUGUGAUUCAUGUAUUGAGACACCUCUCAAGGCAUCCAAAUCCUGCCUGACCUGCAUGGUGUCCUACUGUGAGGAGCACCUGAGGCCGCAUCUCGAGAACAGCAAAUUCCAGAGCCAUAAGUUGGUUGAGCCUCAGCUGGACUUGGAGCAGCGCACAUGCGAGCAUCACCAGCUGGAACUGCAGAUGUACUGUACGAAGGACGGAUGCUGCAUUUGUCCACAGUGUGAGACAGAAGGGCACCAAGGGCAUGAUAUUACUCCAGUAGAUGAGGCACGCAAACUAAUCGAGAAUGAGCUACAACAGAAACAGAAGGAAAUGGUGAAAACCUUAACAGCUGCGGAGCAGGCCAUUAAUAAGCUACAGAGCAACUCUAAAUCCAUCGAAAGUUCAGUUAUUGGGGUUCAGGCUGAAAUUGAGCAGCAGUUCUCAAUCCUGCAAACUGCGAUUGAAGAUGCUCGCAAGAAAGCUUUUGAACUCCUGCAAGGGGAACACAAGCAAGCAGUGAGUCAGGCAGAGAGCAUCCAUAGCCACCUGACGCAGAAGAUGCUUGAGUUAAAGAAGACCAUGGGUCAGAUGGAGCGAUUUUCAAAGAAUAAGAAUCAUGUUGAUUUUUUACAGGAAUACACAGAAUGGAAAAAGGGCUCGGUGGACGUGUGCUUAUCUGGUAUUUACAUCAGCCUCAUAGACCGACUGACCACUUUUAGUUGCAUUGUUAAAGAAUCAACUCAGGCCUUGUGUGAGCUGCUGCUGUCCACCUACAAUGUUCAGCUCAAGGAACUAUGUAAAAGUGAGACAGCAGGUAUUAAGACGUUGGUACACCCAAGUUCUCCAAUCAAGCGGCAAGCAUUUGCCCCUGAUCCUGUGACUAGAGAUGAUUUUCUUAACUAUGCCACCAACCUGAGUUUCAAUCCUGACUCCACUCACAAGUUCCUGAGACUCACUGAAGACAACCGAAAAGCCAGCAACACCACACCAUGGCAACACAAUUACCCUGAUACACCUGAGCGCUUUGAGCACUGGCGGCAAGUGAUGACUUCUGAGAGCCUUUACAUGGGCCGCCAUUACUUUGAGGUGGACCUGAGUGGAGAGGGUGCUUACAUAGGACUCACGUACAAAAGCAUUGCUCGUAAAGGUCAAGAAAGCAGUAGCUGUAUCACAGGCAAUGAUUUUUCAUGGUGCAUUGGACGAGAAAGCAAUGGCUUCUCAGCAUGGCACUCUGAUGUAGAAACUCCUCUUGAAGUAGAGAAUUUCCAAAAGAUUGGUUGCUACAUAGACUAUGAAAAGGGUCUGCUGGCCUUCUAUGGUAUAGCUGAGACUAUGAAACUUCUUAAGGAAUGUACUGCUAGCUUCCGGGAGCCAUUAUACCCCGUCUUCUGGCUCUCCAAGAAGGACAAUGCAGUUGUUCUAGUUAAGCCAGGAUCAAGUUCAGAAGUGCAGUGAUAAAAUAAACUAUUUCAUGGUUUUUAUUAUUUCUAUUUAGGGUUACAAUGUAUCAAUGAUCCAGAGAUGUACUGAUUUUUCAUUUUAUUUCAUUUGUUUGAUUUUAAAAUCUUAAUAAAUUUGAAUGAUUUUCCUUGA